GCCCCUCAUGUUAACCCCUUCCUGCUUAGUGCCAUUAGUACAGUGUUAGUGCUUUUUUUAGCAAUGAUUACUGUAUUGGUGUUACUGGGGAUGUCAGUGACACCAAGUCAGUUCCCCCCAGUGGCAGAAUGCCCACCGCAGUCCCGCUAUAAGUCGCUGAUCGCUGCCAUUGCUAGUAAAAAUAAUAAUAAAAUAAAUAAUUCCAGUAUAUAUACCGCCAUUUGUAAACACUAUAACGUUUCGAUGUAAACCAAUUAAUUUACAUGUAUUGGGAUUUUU